UUGCUUGUCAUUGAUUUAGACGAGGAUACGGGUGUCUGGCAAUUCACUUAUACGAAAAUUGCUGAUCCAGUAAUACCGAAAUGUAAUAUAUUUUCACUAGAGGAAGAUUCUAGAGACUGCAGCUUCAACGAGACUGGCAAAAAUAUCAGUAACCGCGAGAAUUAUAUUGACGAAAUGAUGAAGUAUUGGAGCACCAGAUCAGAAAUAUUGAAAUUUCCAAACUUUAGCAAAGAGUAUGCUCUUUCAAUGUACUGGUCGUCACUUACAUUAACUACAAAAGGACAGCAAGUAGUCGACACGCUGAUCGGCCUGCUCGUCUUUGCAGUAAUUGUUGGUUCAGUGGGAAGCGUCGUGUCAACAAUGAAUCGGAAUCAGACUGAAUUUCAGGAUACUUUAGAUGGAAUUAAAUUUUAUAUGAACUACAGGCAAGUGGAUUCAGACAUUCAAAAGCGAGUGCUGAACUGUUGCGAGUACAUACAUGAUCAAGGCAUGUCCAAGGAUGAGAAGAUACUUUUGGAAGGUCUUCCUAAAAGGCUACAUGGGCAGUUGGCUGUGCACCUCCAUAUGGCCACUUUGCAACACGUCGAAUUGCUUCAGGUGCUUACAAGUGCAUUAUCAAUUCUAAAAUAA